AUGGCGGGUGGCUUCAUAGAGAAGGGGUCUUCCGAAAAGAACUAUCCCGGAAAACUCACUUUCAGAGUCUUCAUAACAUGUGUCACCGCUGCAUUUGGAGGUCUUAUCUUUGGAUAUGACUUAGGCAUUUCAGGUGGAGUCACCUCCAUGGAUCCUUUUCUGAAGAAAUUCUUCCCUGAUGUGUACGCAAAGGAGCACAACAUUAAGCCCACUGAUAACCAAUAUUGUAAAUUUGAUAGCCAAGUGCUCACACUCUUCACUUCCUCUCUCUAUUUGGCUGCUCUUGUGGCAUCAAUCUUCGCAUCCAAGGUAACUCGAGCCUUCGGUAGGCGCCUCACCAUGAUCUCCGGCGGUGUUCUCUUUCUCGCCGGUGCAGCUUUGAACGGCUUCGCCCAGCAAGUUUGGAUGCUUAUUGUUGGCCGCAUGUUGCUAGGUUUUGGAAUCGGAUGCGCCAAUCAGUCUGUGCCGAUCUACGUGUCCGAGGUUGCUCCAUACAAAUACAGAGGAGCACUUAACAUGUUGUUUCAAUUGGCAAUCACCAUUGGCAUUUUUGUUGCCAAUAUUCUGAACUACCUUUUUGCCAAGAUGGAGAACGGCGAAGGGUGGCGCUAUAGCUUAGGUUUGGCAGGAGUCCCUGCAAUAAUGAUCAUCAUCGGUGCAAUGUUUCUUCCUGACUCUCCAAACUCGUUGAUCGAGCGUGGACAAGCUGAGAAGGCCAAGGAGGAACUAAUCAAGAUUCGUGGAACCGAUGAUGUUGACGAGGAGUUUAAGGAUCUUGUUGCUGCCAGUGAAGCCUCCAAACAGGUCAAGCAUCCUUGGUCUUCUUUGCUCAAAAGUGAGUACAGGCCUCACCUCACCAUGGCUAUAGCCAUUCCCUUCUUCCAACAACUCACUGGCAUGAAUGUCAUCACAUUCUAUGCUCCUGUUUUGUUCAAAACUAUUGGCUUUGGUGGAACUGCUUCUCUUAUGUCUGCCAUGAUUACCGGAGGUUGUAACGCCCUUGCCACCCUUGUUUCCAUCUUUACCGUUGACAAGGUUGGCAGACGAAAGCUUUUUCUCGAAGGUGGUGCUCAAAUGUUUAUCUGUCAGCUUGUGAUCGCAGCUGCAAUAGGUAGCAAAUUUGGAACAGAUGGAAACCCUGGAGUUCUUCCCAAGUGGUUUGCCUUAACUGUUGUGGUAUUCAUAUGUGUCUACGUGGCGGGAUUUGCGUGGUCGUGGGGUCCAUUAGGAUGGUUGGUACCCAGUGAAAUAUUCCCGCUUGAAGUUCGAUCCGCAGCUCAGAGUGUCAACGUUUCGGUUAACAUGAUCUUCACCUUUGCCAUUGCCCAAGUUUUCACUUCAAUGUUGUGCCAUAUGAAGUUCGGGCUCUUCAUCUUUUUUGCAUUCUUUGUGAUUGUUAUGAGUGUCUUUAUCUACAAGUUCUUGCCAGAGACAAAGGGUGUUCCCAUUGAAGAAAUUUCUCUUGUGUGGGAGAAUCAUCCUUAUUGGAACAAAUUCGUCAAGUCCUCUGCUCAAAAGAACAAAAUUGCUGCACCAGAUUCUCAAGUUUAG